GCUGGUUCGCCAUCGUGACGAGCGAGGGCCACACGGCGCCCUUCUUCUCGUCGGUGGAGCAGGUCGCCACCAGCAAGGUCUCCUUCUUCCUCACCAGAUACGACGUGCCCGCCUACACCAACCUCAAGGAUGCCGAGGGUCGCAUGACGUACCAGAAGACGGUGGUGCAGAGCGGGCAUGUGCUCAAGCUGAUGGGCAUCUUCGAGGACCUCAACGCCCGCAGGACCAACAGCACGGGGCGCGGGCGCGACGCCUCCAGCGUCUUCAACUGUGAUAAAUACGCCCAGUGUCUCAACUAUAGGAAUGAGGUGGUGUUCCUCCCGUUCUCGGCGUCGGGACGCUUCUACACGACGGCGCACAAGACGAGCAAGAACCCCAACCACGUGUACCUGAUGGCGCACAUCCUCAAGAACCACAAGCUGCCCCUCACCGUCAGGCUCGUGUGCGGAUACAUGCCCCGCGUCCCCUGCAACUUCACCGGAGUGCUGCGUCUGGAGCAGGCGCAGAAGGAGGCGGUGAUUCUGGCGUGCACGAUGACCGACGAGGCUCAGGCGACCCUGUUCGAGAUCGACGUGGCGUCCAACUUCGUCCUGACGCCCGUGAAGGACCCGCUGUUCCCCAAGUCGCCCAUCUUCCUCAAGACCGUCUCCUACUGCGAGGACGAGGCUGAGCCCUGGCGGCGGCAGAUCAAGGUGACUCACCAUGUGACCGAGAAGAGGUCAAGGUCAUUGACCCGAUCACUGAGUGACAAAUUCGUGGAGCCGAUGGCCAGCGUGCGGCCGCUGAGCCUGUCGUUCCUGUCGGUGGACAACGACAAGAAGAAGGGCCGCAGCCGCGACCGGUCGCGGGACAGCCGGCAGAGCGAGCCCGGCCGCGACAAGAGCCGAGAGCAGCGGUUCCGGGAGUUCCGCAGCCGCGAGAAGAGCGUCGAGAAGACCAAGUUCAAGUACCACGACUACAGCAACAGCUUCAGCGGCUUCCCGAUCGCCGAGCACAGUCUGGAGGCCAAGAAGAAGAGCUCGGACCACCGCAAGAUCUCCAAGCAGAACACGUACGUGCUGCAGAACGGGCGCGGCGGGUCCAAGCACCCGAGCGGCGGGCGAGAGCGACUCGGCGGCUACAAGAGCAGCAGCAUCAACAACAGCAUCAACAGCAACAGGUCGGUGGAGAACCUGGAGUACUCUCGCGUGGCCGACGACAUCAGCCCCAUCCCCGAGACGGAGGAGGACGUCUCCGAGAGCCACUACGCCGAGAUCUGCGACUACGGGCAGCGGGGCCGCAGGCAGGCCUUCGCCAGAGGCCAUCCUCCGCUCAGCCUCCCCAACCUCAGCUUCACGCUCGAGGAGGAGAACCACGUCCCGAGUGACGCCUCGGGCAGGCUGAGCGCGACGUUCAGCGACAGGGAGUCUAGGAGCAGGAAGUUCUCGAGCGCGAGCGGCGACUACAAGGAGAACAUCCCGCCGAGCGAGAGCGGCGUCUCCAGCAUCCACGUCAGCGCCGCCGACGGCAGCCGCGGCGAGACGGGCUCGGUCAAGGGCGGCCGCGACAGGCUCGAGAAGGACAAGGCCAACGAGGUGUACAUCAUCCGCGUGGUCGUGAAGGACCAGGAGGACGACAAGCUCUCGACCAUCUCCAGAAACAGCAAAGGAGGAUACUACAUGAAGCUGAAGGGCUUCGAGGUCCCGCAGGAGGAGAUCGGGAAGACGGUCCUCGGCGACGAAGUGAACGGAUACGACUCCAUGUGCUGAGGCGUCCCCGCCUCCUGCCGACUCCCUGUGCUCAAACAAGGACGCGCAUGCUGUGUGCUCGGAAGGUCUGAAAGUCCUUUAAGAAGUGACGUGCGCCCUUUGGAAACUGAGGAUUAGUUGCUGUUAUUGGCGUCAUGUUUUGAUUUGUGGCGUUUUAUAUCCGCAGACUUCAAGUUGACCUUCCAACCGGCCAAUGAGUUGAAAAUUCCGUCUUACAUUUCUGUGUCUCAGUUUCACAUAUACGAACUAGCCUAUGUGUUUGUGUACAUAAUUAUCCGUGGCAUGUAAGCAAUACUCUCUGUUCCUGGAAAAAAAAGUCUAGACAUUUACCUGUCUUUAUAAUUGUUUCCUGUCGUGUGGUGCGAUCUAGGCGCCCUAGAUUGCACACACGCGUGGCUGUGACGAACAUUAGUGCUCCGGGAAAAGGACGAAUCUCUCUGUGACACUAAACCUGCUCUUGAACCUUCUGCGUCAAGUUUUACGUCAUGUAUCGAAUUGUAUGUGGUGGAUGUUGCAGUAUAUUCAAGUGCUUUAAAAUGUAUGCAUGUACACAUACCUACCUAUAUACAUACAGUGUGUGUGUGUGUGUGUGUGUGUGUGUGUGUGUGUGUGUGUGUGUGUGUGUGUGUGUGUGUGUGUGUGUGUGUGUGUGUGUGUGUGUGUGUGUGUGUGUGCUGUGCGUGCGUGCGUGCGUAUGUGGCAAUACGGAUUUGAUAAAGUAUAUUACCGUUCAAUGUCAGAAGGAACAGAACAAGGUGCAAAGAUAUAUAAGCCUCUUUUCCAGUAAGUGCACUUCCACGCUACUUAUUUAUGGAAAAAAGGCAAACUAUAUCCCCAAAAGACAGUAAACAUGGAACAAAAAGACCAGUAACUUCUGUGAUGAAAUCUUAGAUGAGUAAGAAAGAACAGAUGAUGAUUCCUACAUCCUAUUUUUAGGGAAGAAGGAUGCGUGAAAUACUGUUGUUCAGUUGGAUAAACAUUGAUGCAAUGAAGCAAGAAACAAGAAACAAGUGUUUUGGAAACGGUUUUACUGAUACUUGCGUAGUUCGCACUGCGGGAUCUGUACACUGUGUUCGAAUCGUCGACCGAAGCAGCGAAUUCGCUUUAAUGAAUGAAAUGAAUGGAAAUGAAAUGCGCUCGAUUGUGUGAUGAAACAAAACACGGACUUAGUGUUUACAGUAGAUGUACAAGAAGGUUAAUUUAUAAUUUCAUAAACAACAGUGCAAUGUAGUGACCCAUGAGGUUUAGACAUUGAACAACAAAAGACAUAUAAUGAAAAGAAAAACAAACCAUAAACUAUGGAAUCAUUUCAACAAUAAUACAAAGAUGAACGAGAAGCAAAUGUAGAUUAGAAAAAGAGCCAACGUGAUGCUCUCCGUCCCGUCCUGAAUCUCUAGUCAGAUCGCCGACAAUGACCCCACGAACUGUCCCGCCCACUGACAAUCGCUGCAGACACGUGCUGGACAAUACAGGCACGUCGCCUGUUGCUCCUGGGUACAACACUGACAAAAACUUGUCUCGAGUUUGGACAAUUAGAUGGGAAAUUAUCAUUCCGAGGCAGCCAAUCAGCAUCGAGAAGCGAGUGUGCACAGCCAAUCAGCGCUCGAAAUUGUGAUUUUCUCGCGGCCAAUCAGAAUGCGCCUUGGUGUUCGGGCGAACACCCACUGUUUAUGAUUUGCUGUCUUUUUCGCCGCAAUAUCUGUAAUUUGUUCAGACCAUUCUUCUGUAUGAGUGUAAUCUGGUGAUAUAACUGGUUCGAGCUAAAAGGGCUUUUACAUUUUUUUUUUAUUAUAGUGAAUAUCCAUAAACGAAAAUAUUUAUUCUAACUAAGCGUAUGAAAAUGUGAUUUUUUUCUUUUUACUUUUUUAUACAGAUCGCAUAUUCUUGUACUAUAAAAUUAGGAAAUCCACAUCACCCUCAAACAAUUGCACUGCACAAUCAUAUCAAUCAAUAUAAGUUUUGUCAAUAAAUCUAAUGAAACCUCUAAAAAUGGUAAAUAGACUAAGUAAAGGACCAACGUGUCGCACUGCACCCACUGAACGAGGGAUGAACAUCAUCAUAUAAUCAAAUGAGGUGUUGCGUCGAUUGGGACCAGAGAAGGAGAAAAAGUGGUUCUGAAGGAAUGUUCGAAAGGUCAGGAGCGAGGUCGAGCCUUCGCACCAGGAAACAUCAUCCCCUGUAUAGGAAUUCUUGUGUAAAUGUCUCUGUAGCCCAUCUUCUAUAUUUUGAUGGUCUGCUGUCACGUUUUUAUACUGUCGGAUAUUUCGUGUUGUAUUCACAUAUGACGAAAUAAAAUAUGUAUUUCAAUU